UCUGUAUCUUUUAGAAUAUUAGAGUAUUCUGUAUCUUUUAGAAUAUUAGAGUAUUCUGUAUCUUUUAGAAUAUUAGAGUAUUGUAUAUCUUUUAGAAUAUUAGAUUAUUCUGUAUCUUUUAGAAUAUUAGAGUAUUCUGUAUCUUUUAGAAUAUUAGAGUAUUCUAUAUCUUUUAGAAUAUUAGAUUAUUCUGUAUCUUUUAGAAUAUUAGAGUAUUCUUCAGUAUCUUUUAGAAUAUUAGAGUAUUCUGUAUCUUUUAGAAUAUUAGAGUAUUCUAUAUCUUUUAGAAUAUUAGAUUAUUCUGUAUCUUUUAGAAUAUUAGAGUAUUCUGUAUCUUUUAGAAUAUUAGAGUAUUCUGUAUCUUUUAGAAUAUUAGAGUAUUCUGUAUCUUUUAGAAUAUUAGCGUAUUCUAUAUCUUUUAGAAUAUUAGAGUAUUCUGUAUCUUUUAGAAUAUUAGAGUAUUCUGUAUCUUUUAGAAUAUUAGAUUAUUCUGUAUCUUUUAGAAUAUUAGCGUAUUCUAUAUCUUUUAGAAUAUUAGAGUAUUCUAUAUCUUUUAGAAUAUUAGAGUAUUCUAUAUCUUUUAGAAUAUUAGAUUAUUCUGUAUCUUUUAGAAUAUUAGAGUAUUCUGUAUCUUUUAGAAUAUUAGAUUAUUCUGUAUCUUUUAGAAUAUUAGAGUAUUCUGUAUCUUUUAGAAUAUCAGAGUAUUCUUCAGUAUCUUUCAGAAUAUUAGAGUAUUCUGUAUCUUUUAAAAUAUUAGAGUAUUCUAUAUCUUUCAGAAUAUUAGAGUAUUCUGUAUCUUUUAGAAUAUUAGAGUAUACUGUAUCUUUUAGAAUAUUAGAGUAUUCUGUAUCUUUCAGAAUAUUAGAGUAUUCUGUAUCUUUUAUAAUAUUAGAGUAG